AGGACUAGGUGGAGGGUGGAACGAUAGAGUUGAACUCAUCACCCUCGCGUUCGGCAGAGCUUAAAGUGGGCGGUGUCGGAGUGCACGUUGUUUUCUUGUAUUUUAGGUCUUGGAAAGGAGAAACGAGAGUGGUCAGCUCAGUGUGUGAAGGGUUGGUCGACAUGGUGGGAGAGUACAGAUGAUGAAACAUUGAGAACGGAACACUAGACCGAUCAUAGUUCCUAAAACGGACCGCGAGACGAACACGGUGAUUAUGCCCAGCGCAGCAGUGAGACGUUUAUCACAAGUCGAAAAAUACCUCAACAGCCGGAACGAUAUGGCGGAACGGAGCAGUGGCGAAGGGAACUCCCGGAACAUUCCGGAGUCAAUGCAUCACGGCAGCUUGGAGAACAACCUCGAUCUGGACCUGAGCGGCAUCCCAGACUCCCAACGCUACCUCGACUCCUCCCACCGCAGCCUAGACUCCUCCUACCGCUCCCUGCCCCCCGGACUCAACAGCUUGCAGCAGAAGAUCCUCAGGGUGACAGAGCAACUGAAGAUUGAGAAGGAGUCACGGGACGACAAUGUGAUAGAGUACCUGAAACUGGUGAACAGUGUCGACAAGCAGCAGGUGGGGCGCAUCAAGCAUGUGUUUGAGAAGAAGAACCAGAAGUCAGCUCACAGCAUUGCCCACAUGCAGAAAAAGCUUGAGCAGUAUCAUAAGAAGAUGAAGGACAGCAGCGAGAAGGACGCCAGCUCCCAACACCACAGCAUCUCUAAAGAGAGCUCAAAGGACAUGCUAAGCCACACCGUGAGCAACGUGAGCAGUGGUAGUGGACGACACCCACUGGACAAGAUCAAGACAGUAGGGCCUGGCGUCUCGCUCUCGCCACCCUUCUUUUUCAGCAAGCCCCGGGACUUUGCCAACAUCAUCAGGAACAAGUUUGGCAGUGCCGACAACAUUGCUCACCUGAAGACCUACCUCGACACGCCCUCUCCCUUCCACUCUGAAGGAACCGGGCGGGCCUUGAGUGGGAGCGCCACCUUAGUGAGUGGGAAGACCCCUGCCGCCACGCCCACGCCCAAGUACACCAGCGAUGACGAGUGUUCCUCGGGCACGUCCCUGUCGGCGGACAGCAACGGGAACGCAAUGGCUCUGGGCGUUGGCCUGGGUCUAGAAGUGGGUGUCGGGGCGGUGAUGACCCCAGGGCAGAUCCUGGAGUCUGGAGACAGCCAGGAGAGGCUGGGCCUGACCACGGAGGAGGUUAGGGAGAUCAGGGAGGCCCAGGGGCAGCUGGAGGAGGACAUGGAGGGAUUCAAGACCCAGUUCAAGAAAGACUAUAGCUUCAUCACCCAAACGCUGCAAGAGGAGAGAUACAGGUGUGAGCGGUUGGAGGACCAGCUGAAUGAUCUGACUGAGCUCCACCAGGCCGAGACAGCCGACCUGAAACAGGAGCUGGCCAGCAUUGAGGAGAGAGUGGCCUACCAAGCCUACGAGAGGGCUAGAGACAUACAGGAGGCCCUAGAGUCAUGCCAGACGCGGGUCUCUAAACUAGAGCUCCAGCAGCAGCAGCAACAAACGGUACAGCUUGAGUCCCGUGAUGCCAGGGUGCUUCUGGGUAAAAGUAUCAACAUCAUGCUCGCCAUCGUCACCGUGAUCCUUGUAUGCGUCUCCACGGCCGCCAAGUUCGCCGCACCCCUACUGCGGAGCCGUCGCCACGUGAUGGGCACCUUCCUGGGCAUGUGUCUGUUGGCGCUGUUCUGGAGGAACUGGGAGAAUCUACAGUGUGCUGUGGAGAGGGUCCUGGUGCCAGCCUGAGGGGGGACAAUAGUCUAAUGCUGUCCAUGUCACUCACUGCAACAAAUGAUCUACGGACUGAUCUCAGAACUUCAACAAAACAGCCUAUUGAUGUAGUAAAAUGCAGAAGGUGCAUAAUGCAAAAGAAGUCCGCUGGGGGGAAAUGGAGCUAGCAAAGCAUGGUCACUGACUGGUUAAUCGCAUCACCUAAAAUAACACUGAAUAUCAAGACAUUGUGGGGUGAAUGAACACACAAUGGCUGACAUAACAACAGAAACGACAACCACACUGCUUGAGAAUGUUGUAAUCCUUGAUCAAUGCUGUUUCUUGCAAUUGUAAGGUUUAAUCGAUGCUCCCAGAAACAAGUCUCGCAGUGUUAAGUCCAUCAUGAGAGACUACUGACUUCAACAUAUAGGUUCUCCAUUGGUCAGAAGAGCUGAUGCUGUCCAGAACACACUACAACAAAUAAUUUCCAGACAGUCAGAUCACGUGCAUAGUACAGAAGAAUUGCGAUAGAGCAAGCAUGAUCGGGGAAAGAUGGGAGCUGGGUAAAGCAUGGUUACUAACUGACUGACUGUUCAUUAUACGGUAUAUUGUUGGAUCACAAUCUCCAAUGUCUCUGACAGGGUUGGUAGGUUGGUCACGGCACACAAUCAUCAGAGGGCACGGUUGCAUCACGGUUGUCUUACGGUCGCAGAGGUUCAUGGUUCUUCACCCUAUCCACGCCAUCAAUACACACAUGCACACACACAACUCAGCCCUGCCAACAUUCUACGACAGAGACUACAGUCCACAAUACAGGAGUCAGGGAGGUGGACAUCUUGUUUUGAUCUUUUAUGUCUUAAGGCUUAUGUCUUACAGCCAAUCCUCAUUCCUUCUCUAUUACCUUGCCUGCAGUCAGAAGUUUGUCAGCCUUCUUUUACAACUGCUGUUGACUUGGUUAGUUUACUUCUUUUAUUGGAUACAUUUUAAAAGUGAAAUAUGUUUGAUUGCUUUUUUUUUUUUAACAGCCACUUGUUUGUUUGUUUGUUUUUAGGAAAGGUUGUUCUCUGUUUCCCUCUAGAUGGAGAAAUGACGGGAUGCUGUCUGAAUGUUUGGGGGAUGUAAAAACAAAAUCAUAUUUUUUUUUUCUCCAUAUAGAAACGUAUACAUACGAACAACAAAUUACAGACACAGCCAAACAAUGUCUACAUCUCAUCUGCCCAGAAACAGCAUGCUCACACCCCCAUCCCUAGUGCCUGCAUUAUUGUUUGCCACUUGUCCUUAAAUUGUAUCAAUUUGUUUUUCUCAGUCGCCCCUACUAUUUCCAUAUUUCAAUAAUACCGAAUGCCAAUAGUUAUAAUUAAUAGAUAGAGAAAGUAUUUAUCGGAGAGGAGGAGGGACUGAUAAGGUUGAUUUGGCCAAUUGAUUGAUGUUUGUUGACCUUCAAGAGGAAGUAGUGGACUCUCUAUAACACAGUCAUAUGAGGCAUUGGGUUCUUUUAAUGUUCCUCUGAAACACUUUUUCUGUUCCAAUGGGUGAUAGGCUAGCUAGCUACUCUAGUACAAUGAGAAGCAACUGAGCAUUGAGCAGCCUUACAUAUACUCCACAGUGGAUAGAGAUAAGCCAUAAAAGGAGUAUAUUUGGGGGUCUGGGGGGUCGACUAGCACGAGGACUAGUAUCUGUAUGUGGACUUAACAUGACAGAUACAGACCAUAUCUAAUGUUUGUUUGUUGUAAUAACAUUUCCUCUAAUUUGUUUGUUUGUAUUGACCUAGUCACGCACAGACAGGGUUGUUGUUAUUUACCUGCUGCUGACUGUACGUACAGUAUGAGAUUUGGGUAAUACUUUAUUUUACAGCACAGUUUAAGAUGGUUCUAGUGUUGCAAUACUCGGGUAACUUUCCCAAAAUGUCCAUGUUUUCCAUAAAUCCUGUUUUAUUAGGAUUCCCAAUUCUCUGCUUAUUCCCAUUUUGAUUCCAGGAAUCUUCCAACUGUGAAUUUGGGGAAAGUUACCGGAAUUUUGCAAUUAUUACGUAAUAACCGUUUUAACAUUUUAAUUUCUAACUAUAGUACCUGCUAAACAGGGGGUACAGAGAUUAUUUAUGUUCCUCUGUUUUGAUACACCUGAAGAAUUUACCUGAACAUGGAUUAGAUUUAUAACAGUCUCUUAUUCAUCUUCAGUGAACAUGGAUUAGAUUCAUUACAGUCUCUUAUUCACCUACAGUGAACAUGGAUUUGAUUCAUUACAGACUCUUAUUCAUCUUCAGUGAACAUGGAUUAGAUUCAUUACAGUCUCUUAUUCAUCUUCAGUGAAUAUGGAUUUGAUUCAUUACAGACUCUUAUUCAUCUUCAGUGAACAUGGAUUAGAUUCAUUACAGUCUCUUAUUCAUCUACAGUGAACAUGGAUUUGAUUCAUUACAGUCUCUUAUUCAUCUACAGUGAACAUGGAUUUGAUUCAUUACAGUCUCUUAUUCAUCUACAGUGAACAUGGAUUUGAUUCAUUACAGACUCUUAUUCAUCUUCAGUGAACAUGGAUUAGAUUCAUUACAGUCUCUUAUUCAUCUACAGUGAACAUGGAUUUGAUUCAUUACAGUCUCUUAUUCAUCUACAGUGAACAUGGAUUUGAUUCAUUACAGUCUCUUAUUCAUCUACAGUGAACAUGGAUUUGAUUCAUUACAGUCUCUUAUUCAUCUACAGUGAACAUGGAUUUGAUUCAUUACAGACUCUUAUUCAUCUUCAGUGAACAUGGAUUAGAUUCAUUACAGUCUCUUAUUCAUCUUCACUGCAUAAUAAUAUGAUUUACCUGCUCUCAUACAUUAUGUGCCUUCUUGUAUGCGACAAUUCUGUUUAAAUUAAACAAAAAAAUGUAGUCAACAAACCACUCCAUGAUAUUUGAGUGAGUGGGAUAUUUUGUGCUUGCCUGUCAGAUAUUUGCCUAUGAUAAAUAAAUUAAAUUAAAGUCAGGAAUACCACCUUAGUGGUAUGGAUGACAGUAAUGGUCAAAAUAAUGAAUAAACUAAUGAAAUAAAGUAAUUAUUAGUUCAUUCAUGUCUGAGGUUUCUCCAUUGAUAAAGUUGAGCUGUCAACUGUCCAGGUCUGUUCUAUAACCACAAGGGGGUGUAAGUGCUUCAACAAAAAUCCUGAUGAAUAGUUACCUGAACAGUGCAACAGCAGCCUCGACUGGCCAUGAUAUAUCAUGACAUGAUUCCUCUACUAAGCUCUCUCCCAUCUAGUUUCCGUCUAACACUGCAGUGAAUCAAGGUCUGUCUGUCCGUGGAUCGAUUCCAGUGUAACUAUGGCAAAAAUGACCCCUCUUUCUCUCUGUGUGUGUUGUCUCCAACAGGGCGGCCAUCCAUGGGUUUCUAGGGUAGUGUUGAUGUUCACAGAAAGAGAUGCUGCUUAGCCUGGCAGUGGGGGUAAGAAAACAGAUUUCCUCUGCCUCUGCGAUGUGGGUCUCCUAUCUGGCAGUGCCGUGUGUGUGUAUGUUUGAGCCUGCGUGACCGAAUUUGUGACUACUGGCAUGUCAGGAAUAAGUGCAGAGAGAGAGAGAGAGAAGGAAUGAGGAUGGUACAUAGAUGCAUAGAGAUAAAGAAAAUAUGUAUGUGUACAGUGUUCUAACUCUAGAUAGAUAGCAGUAUCAAAAAAGUAAAAUAUGAAAAUAAGAUACUGUAGCUAGCUGUAUCUGACUGUGUGGAUCACUGGUACCCAUGUAAUAGCUCUAUCUAGCUGUGUGAGGUAUGGGAGCCAUAGACCGGGAGGUUGGAGCUUAAAACAGCCAGCCCCACUCUCAGUUUGUGUGUGUUGUGUGGGUGGACUAGCUCUGGUUGGCUUUGUGGAACAGCGAAGGCCUCUAGAGGAAAACACAAGCAUCUCAGAUGUGUAUGACACAGAGAGCAUAGAUAUGACUACGAGCUACACACACGCUCUGGGACACAGGGAUUAAGAGAUGUAGUAGUGGGUAUAAAUGGAGGGGCAAUAAUUUCUCAAUUCUCUCCAAUCUGUUUUCUGUAAAGCUGUGUUUAUUAUGCACAUAAAGAGAGAGAGAGAGAGAGAGAGAGAGCUGUCUGGAUGUAACCUCAUCGUUGAGUGUUUUCCAUUCAUUACUUCCCAGCUGUGUGUGUGUGUGUGUGUGUGUGUGUGUGUGUGUGUGUGUGUGUGUGUGUGUGUGUGUGUGUGUGUGUGUGUGUGUGUGUGUGUGUGUGGCUGGCUGCAGCCUAUUAACUUGGCUCUGCUUCAUAAUGAGCUAGUAAUUAUCCUGGGACUUCAUCAAUUCUCUACAGACACACAGAGGAUACAUCCUAAAAGGCACCCUAUUCCUUAUAUAGUGCGCUACUUUUGACCAGAGCCUAUGGACUUUAGUGCGCUAUAUAGGGAAUGCAAUUUAGGACAAAGCCGCAGAGCAGAGGGGCUGGAGAGCCUCCUCAGGUUGGCAUGGUGACCACAGCAGGCCAGGGGAUGGGUCGUGGAAGUGAGUACUGUAAAGCGCUACUGGAGGAAAAUGGGGUGAGGGUGAGAUAAUUUUUUCGUAGAGAAAGUUUAGACAAUGUGUGCAAAUUCAUUGUCACAUCAAAAUCAUUUUUUUAUGUUACAUCAAUGCCAUCCCUUAAUUUGUGUGUGUGUGUGUGUUUAUUUCUCAGAUGGGAAAGUUAUGACCUCGCCAACCAACUUUCAGGCGAUGAUUUAAACUGCUCUGGCAGUACAAGACCCUUCCUAUUUCCUGUUGAUGCUGUCAUAGCAACAGCACAUGUUUAUCUUCACCUCGCCCUCUAUUAUAACAAAGUUUAUCCCGGUUUUAUUCAUUAUAAUACAAUGUAUCAAUGCACUUUGAAACACAUGAACAAAUUGUUACACACACCACAAGACAUGUAACCCUACAAUAUACACUACAUGACCAAAAGUAUGUGGACACCUGUUGAACAUCUCAUUCCAAUGCCAUGGGCAUUAAUAUGGAGUUGUUCCCCCCUUUGCUGUUAUAACAGUCUCCACUCUUCUGUGAAGGCUUUCCAUUAGAUGUUUGAACAUUGCUGCGGGGACUUGCUUCCAUUCAGCCCCUAGAGCAUUAGUGAGGUCCGGGCACCGAUGUUAGGCGAUUAGGCUUGUCUUGCAGUUGGCGUUCCAAUUCAUUCCAAAGGUGUUCGAUGGGGUUGAGGUCAGGGCUCUUUGCAGGCCAGUCAAGUUCUUCCACCCCAAUCUCGACAAACCAUUUCUGUAUGGACCUCGCUUUGUGCACGGGGGCAUUGUCAUGCUGAAACAGGAAAGGGCCUUCCCCAAACUGUUGCCACAAAGUCGUCUAUAAUGUCAUUUUUUGCUGUAACUCUAAGAUUUCCCUUCACUAGAACUAAGGGGCCUAGCCCGAACCUUGACAAAUAGCCCCAGGCCAUUAUUCCUCCUCCACCAAACUUUACAGUUGGAACUAUGUAUUGGGGCAAGUAGUGUUCGCCUGGCAUCCGCCAAACCCAGAUUCGUUUGUCGGACUGCCAGAUGGUGAAGUGUGAUUCAUCACUCCAGAGAAUGCUUUCCCACUGCCUCAGAGUCCAAUAGCGUUGCGCUUUACACCACCAGCAGACGCUUGGCAUUGUGCAUGGUGAUCUUAGGCUUGGAACAUGGAAACCCAUUUCAUGAAGUUCCCGACGAACAGUUAUUGUGCUGACGUCGCUUCCAGAGGCAGUUUGGAACUCGUAGUGAGUGUUGCCACCGAGGACAUGCAAUUUUUACAUGCUAUUCUGUAAGCUUGUGUGGCCUACCACUUCGUGGGUGAGCCGUUGUUGCUCCUAGACAUUUCUUCUUCACAAUAACAGUACUGGCAGUUGUCUGGGGCAGCUUUAGCAGGAUAGAACAUUUUACAAACGGACUUGUUGGAAAGGUGGCAUCCUAUGACCGUGCCAUGAUGAAAGUCACUGAACUCUUCAGUAAGGCAAUUCUACUGCCAAUGUUUGUCUAUGGAGAUUGCAUGGCUGUGUGCUCGAUUUCAUAGACCUGUCAGCAACGGAUGUGGCUGAAAUAGCUGAAUCCGUUCAUUUGAAGGGGUGUCCACAUACGUUUGUACAUAUAGUGUAUGUAUGCUUGAGUGACCUGGGAAUAUUUACAUUUCACAAGUUCCCAAGGAUCAUAGUGAUCUUCCUCAACUAACACACAUGAUAUCAAAUUAUGUUUUCUGUGGAAGUAUUUGAUCAGUAAGAACCCUGAAUUGUUACAUAACCCAGCAAAGCACUUCUUUAAAAUGCCCUAAUUCAAAGGCACCUCAGAGUUGCUGCUUUAGUUGCUUAGCAACCAUCCAGCUCCACAGCUAUGCUUGAAGCUAAAACAGCAGCAGCAGCACAGUUUUCCUAAGCAGUAGAUUGUAUGUUGGGUGAAUGUGCAUCACUGUCGUUUUGAACCCAAAGGUUGGAUUACAUGUAUUACCUAAUGUAAUGUAACAUUGUGAAAAGUUUAUUUUACUCGUUCCAUGUAAAAUAAGUUGAUUGUGCAGGUGUAUAAUAAAUAGCCCACUUGCCUAACAUCAUGUAUCCAGGGGAACUCGGAGGCAACAGCAUGUCACACCCAUGUUCAUGGUCAAUAUUUCUUAGAUUUGUGUCGGGACUAUAUGUUGUGGAAUGAUUCAAUAGUAUGAAUAAAUUAAUAAAAUAAAAUAAAAAUGAGAAAA